AUGCAUGAGUGUGUGUGUCUGUGUACGCUGUUCAAUACCUGGUGAAAAUCCCCCUCACUCCACUAUAAGAGGCAACAGCAUGGAGGCUCAGAGACACAUCGUUUCCAGGACUCUUGCUCUGAUUAACGCACACAAACACAGUUUUGCCUCCAGAUAAACGUGAUGAUGAAGAUGCUGCUCGGCUGCUCCGUCUCUCUGCUGCUGCUUCUCAUCUGUCUGACUGAACCUGUGGAAAGUCGAACUCUGCAUCUGGACAGCUGCUCUGUCAAUGUCCACAUGCAUGAACUGCGCAAAUAUUACUCUGACAUACGAUCAAAUGCGAUAUCAGAAGACAGUGAGAUCGGAGUGAAACUUCUGGAUAAAUCAUUAAUGAAAGAUGUUCAGGAGGGUCAAAUGUGCUGCUUCAUGCGUCUGGUGCUGCGUUUCUAUGUGGAGAGAGUUUUCAGCAACUACGCCUCUUCUCAUCCGCAGCAGCAGCGCUGCUCCAGCGCUCUGGCCAAUGCUUUCGUCAGCAUCAGAAGAGAGAUACACAAAUGUCACUGCCUUUGUGAGGAAGAAACCCAGAGAAAAAUAGACUCUGUGCACGCUGAGUUCAUCAAGCUCCAGAUAAGCCAGGCGGCCCAGAAGGCGGUGGGAGAGCUGGACACUGUGCUGGAGUGGCUGGAGGGACAGAAAACACAAGCUUAAUCUGAAUUCCCACACUACUCUCUUGACCUGAUACUUGCAAAUUUGCUGAUUUCAUUUUUUUUGUGUCAUUUUGCAUAUCUUUUUUUGUACUUGAAUUAACGUAUCAUGUUGUUGUUUUUUUUAGUCCACUAACAUGUACACCAAUAUUUCAAUGCAAUAUUUAUACAUAAGGCAAUGUAUUUUAGAUGUAUAUUUAUCAGAAAAUGAACACUUUUAUGGUGCCGUAUGCAUGCUUGUACUGUAAGGUAAUGAUGUAACUUAACAAAUAAGGGUUUUAUUGCCAGCAUUGCUUUGAUUUCAUCAUCAAUAAAACACUACUCUUGA